CAAAGCUGCUCGGUCACAAACCCAUGUCCUUUCCUAAAUCGCUUUCCUGGAUAGUAGGCUAUUGCGUACAUGGAAGGUAUUUCUCCUCCAUAUAUUUUUUAUAACGCUUUUACGGAGUACACUGUAAGGGAGAUUCAAGUGGGGAUUUAGAGCAUCACUCCUGACAUACCUAACCAGAAGUAAUUUGAUUUUAAGAAACAAUGCCUUGCGUUCAGGCUCAGUGCGGCUCAUCCCCUCAAGGAGCCAGCCCAGCUUCCCAGAGCUCAAGCAUCCACUCCGCCGAGGAACACAGCUGCGACUUCUUGACGCCGGAGUUUGUCAAAUUCAGCAUGGACCUCACUAAUACUGAAAUCGCAGCCACCACCUCUCUUCCGAAUUUCGGCGCUGUGAUGGACAGUUAUAAUUCCAGCUACGACGUCAAGUCGCCGUGUUUGUUUCAAAUGUCCGUUCCGGGAGAACAGGCUUACGUCAAAGUUGAGGAUGUCCCUGUGCAUGGAUACCACCAUCCAGCCCAUCAUCAACUACAUCAGUCCAACGAAGUGCUCACUACCCCUGGAUCUGCAUACUACAAGUCACCGUCGCCACAGACACCGACCACAACUCAUUUUCAAAGUCCAGCCAGCCAUGCCGGCCUAUGGGAUGACUCGGGACACCGGUGCAGCUUCCAUCAGGAUUAUUUGACCGUGGCGCACAGAAUGGACCAAUGCAAAAACGCUCUAUCCAGAUUCUCCUUGUUUUCUUUAAAGCAACCCCAACCUGGCCACUCCUCGUCUACUUGUCAAAUGAGAUUUGACGGUGCUCUCCACGUGGAUACACCGUGCGCGCAUCAUUUACUGGAGAGUCAGGGUAUCUUUGGAGCCAGCGGGCUACGGAAACAACACGGCGUAGUGUUUCCUUCACUCCAACUUGGUCACGGACACCACUUUAUGGAUAAUCAGGUUCCUUCGCCGCCGAGUCGGGGAUCCCCCAGUAAUGAUGGAUUGUGCGCGGUGUGUGGAGAUAAUGCUGCAUGCCAACACUACGGCGUGCGCACCUGUGAAGGCUGCAAGGGAUUCUUUAAGCGCACGGUCCAGAAAAACGCCAAAUACGUUUGCUUAGCUGGUAAAAACUGCACUGUGGACAAACGAAGGAGAAAUAGAUGUCAAUAUUGCCGCUUCCAAAAGUGCCUUGUUGUGGGAAUGGUGAAGGAGGUGGUUAGGACGGCGAAUUUGAAGGGUCGACGAGGUCGGUUACCUUCCAAACGUCCACCGGAUUCGUCUCCACCUGUCAGCAUCCUAAAUGCGCUCGUGAGUGCCCAUGUGGAGUCCAACCCCUCUCUGUCACGACUCGACUACUCCAACUUUCAAGUUAACCCCGACGGCCCAGCCGGAGACGACGUGCAGCACAUACAGCAGUUCUAUGACGUCUUGACCAACGCCAUGGAUAUCAUUCGUGGUUGGGCGCAAAAUAUACCAGGGUUUAUCGAGCUAACAAAACAGGAUCAAGAUCUUCUCUUCGAAUCUGCGUUCUUGGAGCUCUUCGUCCUGCGUCUGGCAUACAGGUCCGACCCAAAGGACGGAAAGCUAAUAUUUUGCAAUGGACUUGUUUUGCACCGGUUCCAGUGCAGGCGAGGCUUUGGAGAGUGGGUUGAUACCAUCAUGGAGUUCUCUUCUAAUCUGCAAGACAUGAAAAUAGACGUUCCAACUUUCUCUUGUAUAGCCGCUUUGGCCAUCGUGACAGAGAGACAUGGAUUAAAGGAACCGAGGAGAGUGGAAGAACUUCAAAGUAAGAUAGUGAAGUGCUUGAAGGACCAACUAAAUAUAAACGAUGCAGAUCUUUGUCAACCACAUCAUUUAUCAAAACUGUUGGAAAAACUACCUGAGCUUCGCACGCUGUGUACUCAGGGUUUGCAACGGAUUUUCUACUUGAAGCUGGAAGACUUGGUCCCUCCACCCGCUAUCAUAGACAAGCUAUUCCUCGAUACUUUGCCCUUUUAAAAACCAUGCGGACCUUUACACUACGUUGUACAUAAAAACUUAAAAAUUGUCAAUCAUAAUAUGUAUAUAUUGUAUAUUAACUUUUUUUAAACCAGCAUCGUACUUUUUAUUUUCCUAUCUGCUCCCUCUCUGUUUUAUCAAAAUUAGCCUAGUUGAUGUUUUAGCCUAUGCGAAAGGUCAAUGUAGAUAAAUAUUAUUUGACUUGUAAAAGUCUUGCAUUAUAUCUGCAUGGGCCCAAAUGUGAUGUGAUUUAUACUGGCCUGUAACUGUAUGUCCUUAAAGACCACUUUGGUAUUUACAUGCUGUACAUUGGACGUGUAGCCUGUUACUUAUAUCCCUACAAUCCUGUUGUUUCUUUAUUUCGUUAAAAUGUCAUUGUUAGGACCAAAUGUAAGCUUUCGCAAAAGAGAAUACAAUAACCCAAUGCAAUCCGAAAUUAUUUGCUCUAUUUUAAGUUAGAAUAUAUUUAUUUAUUGGAAAACAUUAAAUAGUUGACAAGCUCUACCAACUGCUCUUCUCUGAACUGCUUACUGUCAUGUUAUAAAUGCUUGAAGUUUGUUGUCUGAACUUAUGUUCUGAUUUGUGAACAUUAAUGUGCAAGCUGAAUCAAUUCAUUUUGUCAAAAGAAAUGAGACAAAAUAAAAUUAUGUCGAAGGCACAUUUUAUUGCGAUGGCUUAUCAACGAGCUUUCGUUCUGAAUUUACAGUUUUAAGUUAGUGAGUCCCUAAAAUCUAUAUUUUGUGUACGGUUUUGAAGGUAAAGAUGUAAU